GAGAGACACCACUAACUACUAGAAACCCUUGUUACAAAUUGCAUUGACCAUUCUGACAUGUCAUUUAGGAGCCACUUACUAGGCAUACUAGGUUUAGUGCAGCUGGUGUAUUGUACAGAUAAUACGGGCGACCAACAAUAACGUGCAUGAGAGGCCACUCUAGGGUGUGCGGGGGUGUUCGAGAUCCGGAGUCAUUUUUGCACAACUUUCUGCUAUCCCCCUAUGUACGUACGUAGCCAUGCAAAACCCACCAGAAUUUCCGUAUGAGCCCUUGGACAAGGCUCAGAAGAGUUUUCGGUUACUGAUCAUCCUUGCGGGGAGGGAGGAAGAGGCACUUCAGUUGCGCCUUUCCCAUGCAAUCAUCGACAACCCAGCAGCAGUGUACGAGACUAUCUCUUACUGUUGGCAAGAUGCCACACAACGUAGCUCCGUCAGUGUGGAUGGUCGUCUGGUCGACGUUCCGGCGAGCGCUGUUGCAGCGCUCAAGUGCGUGCGGAACGCUGAACGAUCCCGCGUUGUCUGGAUUGACUCGAUUUGCAUCAACCAGUCGGACCUGAGCGAGCGAGCGUAUCAGGUAGCCUUGAUGGCCAAUAUCUACAGAUCUGCGAAAUGCAACCUGGUGUACUUAGGAGAGAAUGACGAGCCCACGAGAAAGGGCUUCGAAAUAGUCGAGCGGCUAUACGAGGAAAUACGGCGCAAAACACUUGACUUGUCUGAGUUUAAUGACUUAAUCGAACGGUACUUGGAGGGGAAUCCAUAUUCUAAUGAUAAGAUUGAGUGUCAGCUUGACGAGAGUGCUUUGUUGUGCGUUUUCGGUCGACCGUGGUUCCAACGGCUAUGGAUUGUACAAGAAGCUGCCCUUUCUGCUGCCAAUACAUGUUUCUGCGGUCGGGACUUCUCAAUCAGCCUUAAUGUGCUCCUACGGGUGGCCAUUUGGCUCUGCUAUCACCGACCUUCCUUGUCCCCAUGGUUUUGGAAUAAUGAUGCUCUUCACGACGUAGCAGAUUUAUGGUCUCUAGUGGACAACAAGAAUCCAGCACCCGCUGAUGGAAAUUACUCCGACCCGGAUAGCAUGACUUCAUUAUUGCUGAGAUCACAGUACCGUCAUUGCUCGGACCCUAGAGACAAGGUCUUCGGGAUUCUCAGCUUGUUAAACAAAGAAGACGAAAACUCUCCUGAAACAUCCUUGCUGGAAGUAGAUUACAGAAGGCCAUGCCACGAAAUCAUGCGCGACGCUACCCGUUAUGCAGUACAAGAGCUGAACAGCCUGAACAUACUCAAAGCGGCUGGGUGCUGCAGAACAGAUCACAGUUUCGAGCUUGAGGGUUGUCCUUCGUGGGUAGCCCGGGUAGACCUACAAUUCGACGACACUUACGAUGCAGAGACAAUUUCAAAUUUAUCAUUCCAUUCCCAUGCAGGCAGAGGUCUUUACGCUGAUGAUUUAAGAACCAACUAUGCCGGUCAUGAUGUCCUUGCUGUGCCUGGCUACACCAUCGCGCACAUUGUUGAAGUAUCUGAUAUCUUCGAACCUAGCGUGUGGGAUAACAGAGCUCGGCUCGCAGAGAUUCUCGGAAGUGUGAACCGGAUGAUUGAGAAGCUCGAUGCCGAAGAUAUCCAAUGGCGGUCAGACUACAAUCCACAGGGUUCGGAUAUCCCUGUAGACGUGAUUCGGGCUUUAACACUCGAUCUUAGCCAUAAUAGGAAGAGGUGUAAUGCAAUCGAUUAUAUCGCCUUUGAUCAGCUGCUCAAGAAACUCAGAUCAGACCCCUCUACGCCAUUAGAAGACGACGAGGAGAAGUAUUACACAGCUCUACGAUCGAGCUGCUCGAACCGGCGUUUCUUUACAGGAAACGAAGGGCAUAUCGGAAUGGUUCCUCGCUGUGCCCGCUCCGGAGACCACCUUGCUGUACUGUGCAGCUCUUCAGUCCCGUUUGCACUCCGAGAAUCCAGAAACAACGAUGAGCGAUACCAGAACACACGUUUUUGGCUACUAGGACAAGCGUGGAUUAACGGUGUCAUGGAUGGAUAUUAUGUCGAAAGUGCUUUGGAGCUGGGAUUAGAACCUGAAGAGCUUUUUCUGAUCUAAGUCAUCUAUAGAUAUAAGGGCAGGGUCCAAUCUGCAGUUAGUACUUCAAUAAACUAAGAAAAUAAAAUGCGACAUGAUUUUCUUUUACAAUAUUACCACCUCACCUGUCAUAUUGAAGGCUGCGAAAGCUCCCUGGCUGUCAGGUGAUAUAGUCACAUAGACCCUAGGGGUGGCUGUAUUAGACCUACUGGCUAUAUAAAGGGGUGUUGGCCCCCCCUUCGAGGAUUGGAGGGUUCAGGAUUCAAUGAAUAUUGACGCCUAUAUUAUCCCUUCUACCUACCUACUUGACUGUGACUGACCUUCUACUCACUCUGGGACCAACCUGUCUGACACUGGCCUUGAUGAGCCAGUUUUAUCUCGAUCCUACAUUCUACGCUGCCUCUAGAU